GAUCAGAUUUUGCCAUCUUACUUUCUUUUUUCGUUGUUAUUUUUUCCUUUUAUUUUUCUUAUAUUGACUAUCAUUUUAUAUAAAACUACUCUCAGUUAUAUGUUCUUCAUCGAGUAAAUCGCCCUUGAUCUCUCAAAUUCUAAAGAUGAAGAUGAUUCAGACAAGUUUGUGUAUACUAGUGGUAUUAACAGUAUCCGGUUUUCCGAUGAUGGAAUCCAGCGUUGAAAGCAAGAAAGGUAUAGAAUACAUGGCGAUGCAAUGCCGGAAACACAAAGCAGUUUUGACAGAUUUUGGAGCUGUUGGUGAUGGGAAAACCUCCAACACAAAAGCGUUUAGAGAUGCCAUCGCCAAGCUUUCACCGCAGGCAGCUGACGGUGGUGUACAACUCAUUGUUCCGCCGGGGAACUGGCUCACCGGAAGUUUCAACCUCACAAGCCAUUUUACUUUGUUUAUCCAACAAGGUGCAACUAUUCUUGCUUCUCAGGUUGAAUCUGAAUAUCCUAUGAUUCCACGUUUGCCGUCAUAUGGUGAUGCAAGGUUUGCUAGUUUAAUCUACGGAACUAACCUAACAGAUGUUGUUAUCACCGGUAACAAAGGAACGAUCAAUGGACAAGGGAAGUCAUGGUGGUUAAAGUAUCGAAAUGGUGGUUUCAAUUUGAUAUCAAGACCUUUGUUGAUCGAAAUCCUCUACUCUGAAAACAUACAAAUCUCAGAUAUCAAUUUAGUCGAUUCUCCCAUGUGGAACAUUCAUCCUGUGUAUUGCAAGAACGUCAUCAUCAAAAAUAUUAAGAUUGAUGCUCCUAUCGAUUCUCCUAACACCGAUGGAAUCAAUCCCGAUUCUUGCACCAACACAUUAAUAGAAGACUGUUCCGUUACUUCCGGUGACGACUGCAUCGCUGUCAAAAGCGGUAUCGACCAAUAUGGAAUCGCGACCGCAAUCCCAACACAACAGCUCUCCAUCCGACGUCUCACUUGCGUUUCACCCGACAGCGCAGGCAUAGCCAUAGGAAGCGAAAUGUCUGGAGGAAUCAAAGACGUUAGAAUCGAAGACGUGACGCUGAUCAACACACAAUCAGCGAUCAGAAUCAAAACCGCCAUAGGACGUGGAGGUUACGUCAAAGACAUUUUCGCAAGGAGGUUCACGAUGAAGAAUAUGAAGUACGUGUUCUGGAUGACCGGUUCGUAUAAACUUCAUCCCAUAGGCUUCGAUCCUAAUGCGUUGCCAGAGAUUAGAAAUAUCAACUACCGUGACAUGACGGCUGACAACGUUACGAUCUCUGCUAAGUUAGAAGGGAUUAAGAAGGAUCCUUUUACGGGGAUAUGUAUGUCGAAUGUGACUAUGGCUUUGUCUCCCACCACGAAGAAGCUGCAGUGGAACUGUACUGAUGUGGCCGGAGUUACGAGCAGGGUUAAGCCGGAGCCGUGCAGUUUGUUACCGAGUAAGGGACCUGCGAUGGACUGUCAUUUUCCGACGGAUAAGAUCCCUAUUGAGAGUGUUGUGUUGAACAAAUGUACUGCUUAGUAAAUGUGUCAUAGGUUCAUUAAGGGAAUAACUAAUAGAAAAAAUGAUUGGUAAUUACACCAAAUAUAAUCUAUCAUAUAUGUAACUUCGAUAAUGUAUUUA